CCUGCCCGCCCCUGGAGAGGAGGCGGCUCAGUCUUCGGAGCCGCCCCUCCCGUCCUCGAGAACAAACGGGAUAUUCAGCAGUGGCUAGUGGCUGCCAGCUACUCCUUGGGGAAAUGAAACUUCGAGUCAGGCUGCACCGCACUCGCCUUUAAAAGCUCCCCCACCGCCAGCCGCUCACACCCGGAUACCUGGGCCGCUGCGGCUGCGCGCGCGCCUGUGUGUGUGUGUGUGUGUGUGUGUGUGUGUGCACGCGGGUCAGCUUGCGUGCACUAGUGAGUCUCCAGCGUGCGCCGGGCUGUGAGCCUGGGGGCGCGAGCCAGCGUGCGAAGGGCGGGCGAGCCCGGAGCGUCUCCACUGGCCAUGGGCGGCGCGAGCGCCUGGGCUGUGCUCGGCCUGCUGCUGGCGGCCCAGCUGUCUCAACAGCAGCCCCCGGAGAGACCUGUUUUCACCUGUGGUGGCGUUUUUACUGGAGAGUCUGGAUUUAUUGGCAGUGAAGGUUUUCCUGGAGUGUACCCUCCAAAUAGCAAAUGCACUUGGAAAAUCACAGUUCCCAAGGGGAAAGUUGUGGUUCUCAAUUUCCGGUUCAUAGACCUGGAGAGCGACAGCCUGUGCCGCUACGACUUCGUGGAUGUGUACAGUGGCCACAGCAACGGCCAGCGCAUCGGGCGCUUCUGUGGCACAUUCCGGCCCGCAGCCCUGGUGUCCAGUGGCAACAAGAUGAUGGUGCAGAUGAUUUCCGACGCUAACACAGCUGGGAAUGGCUUCAUGGCCGCGUUCUCGGCUGCCGAACCGAAUGAAAGAGGGGAUCAGUAUUGUGGAGGACGCCUUGAAAGACCUUCCGGCUCUUUAAAAACCCCCAACUGGCCAGACCAUGAUUACCCUGCAGGAGUCACUUGUUUGUGGCACAUUGUAGCCCCAAAGAAUCAGCUUAUAGAAUUAAAGUUUGAGAAGUUUGAUGUUGAGCGCGAUAACUACUGCCGGUAUGAUUAUGUGGCUGUGUUUAAUGGAGGAGAAGUCAACGACGCUAAAAGAAUUGGGAAGUACUGUGGUGAUAGUCCACCUGCGCCAAUUGUGUCUGAGAGAAAUGAACUUCUCAUUCAGUUUUUCUCAGACUUAAGCUUAACUGCAGAUGGAUUUAUUGGUCACUACAAAUUCAGGCCAAAAAAAUUACCAACAACUACAGCAUCGCCAGUCACGACCACAUUCACCGUGACUACAGGUUUAAAACCUACUGUGGCCAUGUGUCAACAAAAAUGUAGAUGGACGGGUACCCUGGAAAGCAAUUACUGUUCAAGCAACUUUGUAAUUGCUGGCACCGUCAUUACAACGACCCCUCGAGGUGGAAGUCUGCAUGCCACGGUCUCACUCAUCAACAUCUAUAAAGAGGGAAACCUGGCAAUUCAACAGGCUGGCAAGAACAUGAGUGCCAAGAUCAUCGUGGUCUGCAAGCAGUGCCCUCUCCUCAGGAGAGGUCAAAAUUAUAUUAUUAUGGGCCAAGUGGGUGAAGAUGGGCAAGCCAAAAUCAUGCCAAACAGCUUUGUCAUGAUGUUCAAGACCAAGAAUCAAAAGCUCCUUAAUGCCUUGGAAAACAAGAGAUGUUAACAGAGAACUGCGUCAGUUGAAGCUUCAUUCUGUCAUUGCCUUUGAGAGAUCUAUUUUUUCAGUAGAAAAAGAGUCUUAUAUUAAAUAUUGAGCAUUCAGAAAGAUUUACUCUUCACACGAUGUAGGGGCUCGGCCUCCCGUUUCGCUGAUGGAAGUCCUGCGCCCACGCCCGGGGAAGCAGGCGUCUCAGUGUGGUCCCAGGAAACUGAUGGUUCAGGAGUUGACCAUUUGGAAGCAGUUUAUUUAUACAUCUCUGUAGAAGGGGACUUUAGAAAUGAGUUUUGUGAAGAUGUAAAAGAAGAGAUAAGUGCAAUAUUUGUUCUAAGGUGUUAUAUUCUUUUCUCGCAUUUUUAAAAUCAGUGCUUAAUAAAAUAUUUUUAAAUGAUUAUACAACAGCCAUUGAAUGGCUUUUAUAUAAAGUGGGGCCUGUAAAAAAGAAUAUCCCCUGCUAUUUACACAGAAGGCUGUCUUUGUAACAAUCUAUACUUGGCUAAAAGACUUAGCAUUCUGAGAACUCCGGGAACUGGCUGAAUCCAGUAAUAUAAACAGACUAUAAUUAUUCUCUGCAGAACCAGAAAAUGGUAGUGCCUAAGUGGUGUCCCUCGGGGAUCUAAUUCAACUUCAAUUUCUAUUUUGUAAUAGACAUUGAAACUCCGGUAUGUUUAGUGACUUGGCCAAACACAUACCUCUCAUGAUACAGAGCGGGUGAUUGGCUCGGAAUUCAUCAUGGCAAACCCAGUGCCUUCACCACCACUGGAAGACACCCUUACCACCCAGAGGAAAGCCCUAUUAUCCUAAUUUACAGAGUUCAGUCCUUGUUUUCCUAGCCUAAAUCAUGAUUGCUCGUGUUAUAGGACUUGAAAUUAGAAGUGAGUCUGACACCCCUCUCCUGCACAGUCCCAGUUAACUAGAUGAGGCUGUCAGUAAGGAUGCUCUCUGCCUUUGAAAAACCCAGUUUCACUCAGCAGUGGAAGAACUGUGGAAGGACUCCCCAUCAUUUGCACAGCGCUGCUUAAAAUGCCCUGUGCCUACGAUGGGUGUGGCCAGCACUGGGGUCGCCGGCCAGGAACUUCAGAAAAGGGGACAGCCAUCCCUACCCAAAGAAGAUGGAAAGAACAUUAGGGAUGAACACAGACUCGGGUCACAAGGUCUCCCAUAGUAGAAGCAAAGUUUUAGAAACAAGGGAAAUAUUCUUUGGGGUGAAAACCUGAGUAUGUGCUACUUGAAACAGAUAUCUAAAACAUAAGGACACA